AUGGAAGGUGUGUCCCUAGAGGCGGGUCUAUGCACGAGUAGGCGGGGUGUGGAGGAGCCAGACCUAUCCUACAAGAUCGACAAGAAGAUUCAACUCAGCGUUCCGACCAGUCAGAUUUUCCCAGACGGCGUGUUCCCGGAGGACUUCUCGGUGGUGGCGACAGUGCGGGCGCGGCGGGGCGCUCAGUGCUUCCUCCUCUCUGUGUACGACAGCGAGGGCGUUCAGCAGCUGGGCCUGGAGCUCGGACGCUCGCCCGUCUUCCUGUACGAGGACCAGCACGGCCAGCCCACGCCCGACCUCUACCCCAUCUUCAAGCGUGUCAACCUGGCCGACGGCAAGUGGCACAGACUGGCAUACAGUGUGGAGGGUCAAAAGGUCACGCUCUACCUGGACUGCCAGAAGAUCGACACUCUGGACCUGCCCAGAGGUCAUGACCCUCAGGUCAGCACGGAUGGGGUCACUGUGUUCGGGACAAGGCUGCUGGACGAGGAAGUGUUUGAGGGGGAGAUCCAGCAGCUCUUGAUCAUCCCUGACCCCAGCGCCGCAGCCCACUACUGUGAGAACUUCAUCCCCGACUGUGACUCCGCCCUCACGUACAACAGCCUAUCGCUGGACCCAGAGGAGGUGGAGAAGCCAAGGAGGAAGCCGGUGGUCGAGGAGUUUGAGGAGGACUUCUAUCACGGUCUCUAUGACGAUGACAUCCCCGUUUCCUCAGUGACCGUGGGGCCCAACAUCACAGAGUACGAGAUCAUUGAGUACGAUGACUAUGAGAACGUGACGGAUGAGUACGAGGUGAAGGAGUACGAGGUGUACGAGGAGUAUGACGACCGCUACGGCCUCGCAGAGAGAGAGACGGAUGGGGUGUGGGACGGACAGGGACCCCCAGGUGAAUCUGGACUUAUGGGGCUUAUGGGACCAAGAGGAGACCCAGGUGAACUGGGGCCUCAGGGACGACCAGGACUAGAUGGGGCAGAUGGGAUACCUGGGCCUCCGGGUACCAUGCUAAUGUUACCGUUCCAGUUUGGGGGUGAUGCCAGAAAGGGCCCGGUGGUCUCUGCCCAGGAGGCUCAAGCGCAGGCUAUUCUACAGCAGACGAAGCUCUCCAUGAAGGGACCUCCGGGUUCGCUGGGGUUGAUGGGCCGGCCUGGACCACUGGGUACAACAGGGCCAAGAGGGUUUAAAGGAGCAAGUGGAGAUCAUGGAGCACCAGGGCCUCGUGGUUUGACAGGACCCCCGGGACAGAAUGGGAGAGCAGGGAAGAGAGGUCGUGGGGGUACUGAUGGAAGCAGAGGAGAGCCAGGGGAGACAGGAUCAAAGGGAGACAGAGGGUUUGAUGGCCUACCUGGUCUCCCUGGAAACAAGGGACACAGGGGCGAACAAGGGAAAAAGGGUGGACUGGGACCACUAGGACAACCUGGUGAUAAGGGAUCGGACGGUCAGCCUGGACCGAGAGGCCAGCCAGGCGAUAUCGGUACUCGUGGUAUGCCUGGUCCCAGGGGUCACCUCGGACCCUCAGGACAACCUGGUAUCCGCGGCAUUGAUGGAGUCCAGGGGUCAAAGGGCAACUUGGGGCCUGCUGGAGAAUCUGGAGCUGCGGGGCAACAAGGAAACCCAGGAUUUUUGGGUUUCCCAGGCCCCCAGGGGGCCAUCGGACUACCCGGGGAUAAGGGACCACAGGGAAAGAAAGGGAUGAGGGGACUUCCAGGCAUUGACGGACCUGCGGGUCACCCAGGAAGAGAGGGACCCCCUGGAGAGAAAGGCCUCCCGGGUCCUUCUGGAGUUCAAGGCCCUGUUGGAUAUCCUGGGGCCGGUGGAGUUAAGGGAGCAGAUGGUCUUCGAGGCCUGAAGGGAAGCAAAGGGGAGAAGGGGGAAGAUGGCUUCCCUGGAACUAAAGGAGAAAUGGGAGGCAAGGGAGACAUUGGGGAUACAGGAGUUAUUGGGCCCCGUGGUGAGGAUGGGGUUGAAGGGCCCAAAGGCCAGUCGGGUCCACUGGGAGAACCAGGGUCCGGGGGCAUCGCUGGGGAGAAGGGUAAACUUGGAGUUCCAGGGUUGCCAGGUUACCCAGGAAGGCUGGGGCCUAAAGGUGCUGAUGGUUUCCCUGGAGCCAUCGGGGUAGCCGGUGAGAAGGGCAAAAAAGGUCCACAAGGACCAGCGGGGAUUGCCGGCCAGAGAGGGCCCAAUGGCGCACGAGGAGCCAGAGGCGCUAAAGGUCCCACAGGAAAGUCAGGUGCAAAGGGAUCAUCAGGGCAUGAUGGCCCCCCAGGACCAACUGGGGAAAGGGGACCUCAAGGACCUCUAGGGAGGAAUGGUGAAGCUGGUCCAAAGGGACCCAAUGGUCCAAACGGGAAAGACGGGCUGCCGGGUCAUCCAGGCCAGCGGGGGGAGCCGGGCUUCCAUGGAAAGACAGGUCCACCUGGACCGUCUGGUGUUGUCGGACCACAGGGUAACACAGGAGAAACUGGGCCAAUGGGAGAUCGGGGUCACCCAGGGUCACCAGGUGGACCUGGAGAACAGGGUCUGCCUGGGGCAGGUGGCAAAGAGGGAGCGAAGGGUGACCCAGGACUCCCAGGUACCUCCGGAAAGGCCGGCCCAGCUGGACUACGAGGCUUUCGAGGCAGCAGAGGUGCCCCUGGUGGCAUGGGGCCUGCUGGGCUGAAAGGGGGAGAAGGGCCAGUCGGGGCCGCCGGUCCUGUGGGUCCUACUGGUGAGCGAGGGCCCCCAGGAAGAGUUGGUGCAAUCGGUCAGUCUGGGCGCACUGGCACUAUCGGUGGACCAGGAGCCGCAGGAGAGAAGGGCGAACCAGGAGAGAAGGGUCCAAUCGGACCAGCGGGUGGGGACGGCGAUCAAGGACCAGUAGGACCUCUUGGAGCAUCCGGACCUGCUGGACCACCAGGAGAGGAUGGAGAUAAGGGAGAGGUUGGAGGACCAGGUCAAAAGGGAAGCAAGGGAGACAAAGGAGAGGGGGGGCCUGCAGGACCUCUCGGCAUUCAGGGUCCAGUUGGGCAGCCUGGAUUACCAGGCGUGGACGGAACAGCGGGUCUCCCAGGCCAGAUGGGCAUGAGAGGGCAGAAGGGCGACGAGGGACUCCGGGGCCUCAAGGGAUCCACUGGGCCAGGGGGACUGCAGGGGAUGCCAGGAACACCAGGGGAGAAGGGUGACAGUGGACACGCAGGACUGGGGGGUCCACCAGGUCAGAUGGGACCCAGGGGGGCUAUUGGACCCAGUGGGGGACAGGGACCACCUGGGAGGCCUGGAAUUAUUGGAACAUCUGGAGCCGUUGGUGAUAAGGGAGAGGAUGGAGAAGCAGGUGAUCCAGGCCCUGUCGGUGUUUCAGGCGGUCUAGGAGAGAAGGGGGACCUGGGGGAGAAGGGCGACACAGGGCUGCCGGGAGCGGCCGGACCUCCAGGAGGCAGAGGAGCGCCAGGAGAGGAUGGAGCCAAAGGCAACUCUGGGCCAAUUGGGUUUCCAGGGGACCAGGGAGCACCCGGAGAAGUCGGCAUCAAUGGUAUAGAUGGCACAGCAGGAUCUAAGGGUGACAAUGGCGACCCAGGCAAAGCCGGACCCCCAGGGGCGUCGGGAGAGCCAGGCCCACCUGGGAGACCAGGGCGAAGGGGUCACUUGGGUCCUGGUGGAAAGGAGGGAAAAGCGGGCAUGAAAGGCGAAAAGGGGGCGCCAGGAUACGAGGGGCAUCUUGGGAAGACCGGGCCAGUUGGAGGCCAGGGGCACCCUGGGAAACCUGGAGCCCAGGGGCAAAGAGGAAUCCCUGGACCCGCGGGAGAACAAGGUUUGAAUGGACCUCCCGGCCAGACAGGACCUCCUGGACCAAUGGGGCCACCAGGGCUACCGGGGUUCAAGGGAGACACAGGAAAGAAAGGAGAAAAGGGCCACGGAGGUCUCAUCGGCCUGAUCGGACCCCCCGGAGGGGCUGGAGAGAAGGGAGACAGAGGGUUUCCUGGCAACCAAGGAUUACAGGGACCCAAAGGAGAAGAGGGUCCUCUUGGUCCUGCAGGCUUCAAUGGACCUCCUGGCCUACCGGGUCUCUCUGGAGCUACAGGUCAGAAGGGAUCUAAAGGCAAUCAGGGACCCAUCGGCCCUCAAGGUGACAAUGGCCCUGCUGGGCCUCCUGGGCCUCCAGGUCAUCCGGCGGUCAGCACCCGCUCUCUGCCCAUCCAGUACGGCGGCACCGGCCGCAGGCGCCGACACCCCACGGUGGACGGUGCCGCCCUGGAGGGCGACUCUGUGACACUCGUCCGAGACGGAGAGGAAGCGGAGGAAGACGAGGACCUCUUCCUCAGCGACCAGCCCGCGGCAGCGGGGGACCAGGGCCAGGACAUGGAGGAGGUGUUCGCCUCCCUCUCGUCCAUGCGGGUGGAGGUGGAGAGCCUGCGCACCCCGCUGGGCACGUUCGACAGCCCCGCACGCACCUGCAAAGAGCUCUGGUACUGCCACCCCGAAUACAAGGACGGUGAUUACUGGAUUGAUCCUAACCAGGGUUGCCAUAGAGAUGCCUUCAAGGUGUUCUGCAACUUCACCGCGGAGGGAGAGACGUGUUUGGACCCAGACAGCAAGUUCCAGUCGGUUAAACUGGCAGCCUGGAGCAAGGAGAAGCCUGGCACCUGGUACAGUCAGUUCAAGAAAGGCGUCAAGUUUGUCUACACAGAUGUGUCUGGUCAGCCCGUCCGUGUCGUGCAGCUGAACUUCCUGAAGCUCCUGAGCGCCACGGCCCACCAGACCUUCACCUACCUGUGCCAGAACUCAGCCGGCUGGUACGACAGCACCACCCGAGGGUACGGCCAUGCGCUGCGCUUCAGGGGCAGCGGAGGGGAGGAGCUCACCCAAGAGAACUCGCUGUUCAUCCAGCCACUCCACGACGGCUGCCAGUCUCGGGUUGGGCAGGAGAGGACUGUGCUGGAGUUCGAUUCACCAGACUCAGAGAUGUUUCCCAUCAUGGACGUGGCCGUGUCGGACUUCGGGAACGGCAAACAGAAGUUUGGCUUUGAGGUGGGACGCGUGUGCUUCAACGGCUAGCGUCCCCUAGAGUCUGGGACGACCCACUGCGGUCGAGAGAUAAGGGACUUUAAUGAGUGCCACUGCUUGUGUCUGAGUUAUGACAUACACAAGCCAGCAGGAAGCACCAAGGUUUAUUGUGUCACAAUAGGAAAACAUUCUCUCCUGAGGUCAGGUGACCACGAAGCAGCCAAUGGGAGGUCACUACAGUCUCUGCCAUCAAAUAAGACCACUUUAAGUCUAUUUAUGCACUCACUCACACCGACUCAACACACAUUGAUUCACUCACAGACUACAACUCAGUGACUUCUGCUUCUUCACUCGAUCAUGUACUCACUCGUUCAUGUACUCACUCAACACUUGACUUUGUACAAAUGAGCAGUCCAAUAUAUCACUAAGAUAACAGAAACUCAUCUACUUUUUGUCAUUCACCUUCUUGUCUGCCCUCUUCAAACUUAACACAACACUUCACUGAAAUGUCAAAUCCAGUCCGUCGCACAGAAAACGACAUGUUUACUAAAAUCCUCCAUACCGUACGUAAACCUCAUUUUCAUAAUUUUAUUGUUUGUAAUGUUAUUUUUAAAUUGUUUCGUUUCUUUUGUUUUGUAUUCAUUGUAUGAAUGUUACGUAAUGGUGCUACACAAACCCACAUAUCUGUUUACAGAUAUCUGUUUUGUUCAUUUUGUCUUUUGUGCUGUUUGUUUUUAUUUUUGUUUGCAAUGAGACAGUGCAUUCUGGGUUGAAAAAUGACACCAAUAUCAGGGGAGGAAGGUGUCAUAUUAAACCCUAAGUGUUCUGUCUCUAAUCUUUAUCUGUGACUUGUCAGGAGCCCUGCCCUUUUGCACAUCCAUCACAGCUCAGUACCCAAUCAGAUACCAGGAUGAGCUGUCAGUCAUUGCUGAAGGGUGUGCAUAAUGGCAAGCCCCGCCCUUUACUCUGAGGUCAGUUGGCAGCCAUUUUGGACAGCAUUUUGAUAACGGAGUAUAUAUCUGAUUCCUCUGUGACAUUGUAUGCAUAUAU